CACAGGAAAAUGGCUGUCACACGGUCGUCGAGAUAUCAUCACGUUCCUAUCACAGAUUGGGACCAAUACUACAAAGACACACUUGACAAUGCUUCACAUUAUAACACUAGACUGACCAUUGAGAGGAAAUUGCGCCUGCCAUUUCUUGAUUCACAUACUGGAGUUGCACAGAACAACUGCUACAUAUGGAUGCAGAAGCGACAUAGAGGACCCGGUGAGGCGUAUGGCCAGUUCUAUACAUACCCCUCCAGAAGAUGGAGGAAAAAAAGAGGGCGUCCCCCUCCUAUUCCAUCAUCACCUCAGGUUAAACCAGAAGAAGAGACAGAUGCUGGAAUGAUACAGAAUAGUGAUCUUAAUCUUAUAGGUAGUGUAGAGAAUGCUCUUGGUGUAAACUCCGAAGAGGCGAAUAGUCUGAUUGAAUCCAUUCUAAAUACAAGUGAAAAAGACUCAAAGGAAGAUUCCUUAAUGAAGGACCUUGAUACAUUAAGUGAUAUACCAGAUGCCGGUGAAAUUGAAGAUAUUGACUCCAUGAGAAGUGACGAUGAAGAUUAUGAAUAUACUUUGAAAAAGAAGAAAAGCAGUAAAAAGACUAAAACGUCUCGUCGUAAAGCUGAUGCAGAUAUGCCAACACUGAUGGCGGAGGACAAGGAAAAACCUUUUGCUUGUAACUUGUGUGGUCGUCGUUACAAGAAUAGACCUGGAUUAACUUAUCAUGUGACUCAUUCCCAUGGUGGCAUUGAGGUUGCAUUUGAAGAGAAAUCCCAACCCUCUCCUUUGGAACCAGCUGUUCAGACAGGUAUGACAAUGAUUGCACAGAACCUAGUACCGCCUCCCACCACAACAAGUACACCUGCUAAUUCCUCAGGUAUUGCUGCUCCAAACAAUUACUGUGACUUCUGCCUUGGGGAUGCCUCUGAAAACAAAAAGACUGGUGUUUCUGAAGAAUUGAUUUCAUGCUCCGACUGUGGUAGAUCAGGUCACCCAUCUUGCCUCCAGUUCACCACUAAAAUGACAUCAAAUGUUAAAAAAUACCGUUGGCAGUGUAUAGAAUGUAAAUCAUGUCACUUAUGUGGUACCUCAGAUAAUGAUGAUCAACUGCUUUUUUGUGAUGAUUGUGAUCGUGGAUAUCAUAUGUACUGCCUGAAUCCUCCCAUGUCGCAUCCUCCAGAAGGAAGCUGGAUUUGUAACUUGUGUGAACAAGAUUUGAUAGAGGAGAAAAAACAGCAACAGCAACAGCAGCCGCAAACACAGCAUCUACCACCUCCCCCUCACUUACAACAACAUCAUCCACAACUAAUGCAACAACAACACCUUCCUCAACACCCACAGCAUGGCCAUCACCAACAACUCCAGCAGCAACUUCAGCAUCAACAUCACCAGCAGCAGCAACAGCAGCAACACCACCAGCAACAGCAUCAUCUUCAGCCUCAUAUACAGUUACCAGUUUUACCACCACAGCUUCAUCCAAUGAGAAACUGAGUUCCUGACUUUGUGUUUUGAUUCAUGUUUUCAUUUAUGCGAGACCAUUGCCAAACAGAAUAUAGGAUUCUUUCCUUAAUAAUUUAGUUUUUAUGCUCGAUUUAUAUUCGUUGAAUUUCACGACUUGCUACUUUCCAGUGGGACCCUAUGGACCACAGUUAUGCCACUGUCAUACUGUAAAAUCUGUAUUAGAAGCCAUUAAAAUGGUACAUUGCAAUGAGGGGAUGGGGCUUCUAAAAAGGACAUCUACACAUUUUUGGUUCUCAAUUGUUCAAAAAUAAUUGGUUUGGCUUCUAUUACAGUUUUUAUGGUACAACAAGAAUGCAGUAGCUGAAUGAUAUAACCAAACGAUCAUAUUUUGCCAUACCCACUCAUUCAUGGAUUACAACAUAUAUGUUGUACACAACUGAUACUCUCACAAUAUAACCAAUUGGUAUUGCACCAUCUCUGGUUGUUGGGUUAUUCAGAAAGAAUCAAAAAUGAAAAUACCAGUAUAUAUCAGUUGUACACUCUUUUGUACAACAUUGAAAUUUCAAAAGUCAAAAAUAUUCAUAGGUACUUUUGAUGUUUCAAAACUAAAUCUAACAAAACUUUUUAGCUCCCUGGCCUAGAAAAACAAUUCCCAACUAUUUUUGGUUAAAUCAUUUCACAUUGUGUAAUAUUGGUUUGAAUAAUUAGUACUUAUAGUAACCACAAAACAUUUUGAAAAGAUUCAUACUUCAUUGAUAUAUUGUGAUAUAGCAUACACCAUAAAUCAAAACAAAGAAAGUUGAUGUUAGGUCUUUUAUAUAUUAUUAGAUCGAUUCCUGGUAAAUACAAGGUAGCAAUAAUAUAUAAUUAUUGUAGAAUACUUUAUUUUCACUCAGAAUUAAUUUUCGCUGAAGGAAUGAUUCAGUAGAAAUCAAAACCAGCAAAUAUACCUUUUUUCCUAUAUUUUACAUUCAACUUGUCAAAAAUUAGUGAAAAUAAAUUCAUACAAAACACCCAAAAUGUCUUUUCAAGCGAAAAUUAAUUCCAGCUAAAAUAAAGUUUUUUACAGUAUUCAUUUUAUUGGACUAUUAUAGUUGUACUUCUGAUAUACAGGUAACAUGUUAAAAAGUUUGUUUUUAUGAAAUUUUAUUUUUUUUAAAUUAUACUUUUCACUGCCAUGUUUUUUAUUAAUAUUACCUUGUAUUUCGUGAUUUGAAGUAGUUAAAUUUCCUGCACAAGUCUUUUGAUAUCUUGUGACUUGAGUAAAUUUCUGCUGAGAGUGUAAUGCAUUCGAUAUGGGACCCACACACAUUGUGUACACCAUUCUUUUCAAAGGGUCUUGAAAAAAAAAACCAAACCUUUCAUCGCCAAAAAUAUGAUCAAAAUUACAUUCUGAUCUUCCAAAUCAAAUUUUGUAAAAAAAAAAAAUACAGUAGUAAUUAAGAUGCAUAUUAGGAUUAUGUUGUAUUUGUGACUUACUGGCCAGAACAAUUCUUUUUUUUUUAUUUGACUGUGUUGUACUCUAUGUAUAGUUCUGUGUUCUGCAAUGCUGUUUUCAGAGGUGUAUUUGGGAUUGAAAUAUGGUCACACAUUCCAAAUUAUGGAUGCAGAUUCAGAAUUGGCAAUUUUCCUUUUCUCGACAAGACCCUACUGGCCGUUUGUCUAUCGUCACAUUAAUUAUGCGUUUUUAUCAAGUGAAUGAUAAAACAAGACAUACUAAGAAUUGGAAACUAAAAUUUUGAAAAAGGACAGUUUUCGUAACCCAACUUUCACAAAAUAAACGAGCACUUUUUUUUUUUCAUCAGUUUGGGUUAUGCAACUAAGCACUUUUCAAUCCCAUGUAGUUCACCACUGACAGCAGUCUUGAUUGAAUAUAAUCAAAUAUUGAAUUUGUAUCUUUAUUUUAUUGAGAAAUGUGCUAACUGUUAAGAUUAUUGUUAUUCUUGAAGUGUCUGUCUCACCAUGGUUACAAUUUAUGGUUGCAUGAUCUGUGCAAGGACAAGGAAUUGCUAGGAUGCCUGAUUGUUUCAAGACUUUGAAGUCUUAUUAUGCCAGUAUGUGUUUACUUAGUAGAACAUUACAAGAAUAUCUUGUAUUGUAGUGAACUAACAAUGAAAUACUGUAAAAUACUUCAUUUUUGCUGCAGGAAUAAUUCAGUGAAAAUAAAACCCAGCGAAUA